GGUUUCCUCUGUGCGUCACACCAACUCGUCUCCCUCAGCCAGUUCAGGAUGACUUCAGGAACUUCCUUCCUACUAACUCCACUUGUUGAAUCGGCGCUUUUAUUCACGCCUGGGCGCAUCUGAUCAUCCCGCGGCUCCGCAAAAGGGAGGCGCAACAUCUUCUUCUCCGCAACGUGUAGUUGUAGAUCCUCCCUCUUUCCGGGUUACCGUAACCCUCUCAUCGCAUCGCGGACACGCAGACAUCACCAGCUAAAGAGGCUGUUUGAAUUUUUUUUCCUCCUCUCUUUGUCUCUGAAGAUAAUGUUAAUGAUGUGGCGAGCCGGCGGUCCGAAGUUUUCUGAAGAAAGUGUAGGGGCGCAGGAAGGAAAGAUGUGACCACUUUUGGUGUUUCUUCUCGACGUCUGUGAGCUCGGGUUAUGAGAUCCGAUCCUUCAAGUGUCAGUGUUCACAUCACUGGAGCUGCUCGACACAACUCUGAGCCAAAACUUUCAGGAUGACUUGAAGAGGCGGUUCACGUGGCGCCUGGUACCCCGGAGUAAGGAUGAAUGCAAAGCGGUUCAUGCUGAAGCUCAGGAAAAAGUUCAUCCCCAGCCUCCUCUCCGUGCUGACGGUAAUUAUCCUGCUGCUGGUCAGCGCCAAGUACAUCUACAUCCCUGAGUUCCUGGAUCCUCCACCAGCUCCAACCAGUCAGUCAUUUGUCAAGCACAACAUCAGCUGCAAAGCCAUUUAUGACAUGGACCCAGUAGAAGUGGGUAAAUCCCUCAUCAUCAGAAGGAAAACUGUGGUGGAAGAUAAAGAUGAAAGUCUGAUCGACUUUACAGGAAAUUGCCCUGUCUUCAGGAAGAUCAGGGGUUAUGAUGAUUUGUGUGUUUCCGAGGAAGAGAAGAUUUUUCCCAUUGCGUACUCUUUGGUUGUACAUAAAAAUGCGUGGAUGGUGGAGAGACUCCUCAGGGCGGUGUACUCUCCCAACAACAUCUAUUGCAUACACUAUGACAAGAAGUCGUCGGCUCAGUUCGUUGCCGCCAUGAAGGGUUUGUCCAGCUGCCUGCCCAACGUCUUCAUCUCCAGCAAACUCGAGACCGUUUUCUACGCAAGCAUCAGCCGCCUGAAGGCCGACCUCAACUGCUUGUCGGACCUUCUGACAUCGGAGUUCAAGUGGAAGUACGUCAUCAACCUUUGCGGCCAGGACUUCCCGCUGAAGUCCAACAUGGAGCUGGUGUCAGAGCUGAGGGGGCUGAAAGGCUCCAGCAUGUUGGAGACGAGUCGACCCAGUGAGCACAAGAAGCAGCGGUUUCUGUACCGCUACGAGCUGCAGGACGCCAGUUUUGAGUAUAAGAAACUUCCGGUGAAAACACAGCAAGCAAAGUCUCCACCGCCGCACAACAUAGAGAUGUUCAUCGGCAAUGCCUACUUUGUGCUCUCGCGGGAGUUUAUCCAGUUCAUGAACUCGUCGGCUGUAGUGAGGGACUUCCUGGCCUGGUCGGAGGACACCUACUCUCCAGACGAACACUUCUGGGCCACACUUGUGCGACUGCCGGGCGUUCCCGGGGAGGUGCCCAGGUCCCAGCCCGACAUCACAGACCUGAUGAGCAAGACGAGGCUUGUGAAGUGGCAGUACCUGGAGGAGAACCUUUACCCGCCGUGCUCGGGGCAGCACGUCCGCAGCGUUUGCAUUUUUGGGGCGGCCGAACUGCACUGGCUGCUCAACUACGGUCACUGGUUUGCCAACAAGUUCGAUCCCAAAGUGGAUCCCAUCCUUCUUCAGUGCCUUGAGGAGAAACUGGAGGAGAAGCAGAAGUUGUUUCAGAAAGGGACAACGUUGACGUGCCCAAAAGGUUAGCUAAAAUGAUGGCUGUUGACUUUUCUUUUAAUUGCCCCACAAUCUUAAGAGACAAAGUCCAUUGGACCACACAAGUCCGGUGGGGUCACGUGCACUUCUAUGAGUUUUUUUCUUUUAUUUGUGUGGUUUCGGGAACUGACGGUCUGACAGGACACCCACUAAGGAGCUUUUGUGUCGAUCAGAAACUAAGACAUACACACAAAUAUGCGUACUAUAGGAUUGUGUUAGUUAUUUUUUUCUACAUUCUGCGCUUUGCUACAUCCAUUCCUAUUUUUUUGUUUAGAAACACUCCAUCCUUUCUCCUUGGAUUAUAGAUUUCUCUCUGUCACAAAUCUAGGAACCUCGAGCAUAUGUUGUUUAAUGAAGGAGAGAAAAACUACAUCUACAAUCAAGUUCAGGGACCAGCUACUUUCUAUGUCACUGUGAUUGUGGACUUUUCAACUCUGUAUCUUUUCAAAAUGCUUUAUGAAAGAUUUUGAGCAUUGAUGGAACAGCAAUAGAUUUCCAGUGCUUUGAAAACAUUUAAACAUGAUUAAAUUAUUAUUGAAGACUUGGGUUGCACAAUGUUGACUAUGAAUAAAUCAUCAAAGUCAGUUCUGAAGUGUUACUAUUUAUUGAAUAAAGUAUUAUUCUAACCAGA